ACAACGUGUGUAACAGAAGUCACAUAACAUCCAGAGUGUCAACAGCGGUGAAGCAAGGUUAAGGUCAUAAUUAGUUGAGUAUUUAAGUUCUUUGAAGUAGUCUAGUUACUGGGGCCGGUUUCAGAACAGACAUGGUGUUUCUAUCGUUGUCGUGUUGGAUUAGAAACCGCGGACCUGACAGAUUCUGGAAAGUUCAGGAAAUCGUCAAACAUGCACGGCAUUUCAGAGGCAGAAAGAACCGGUGCUACAGUCUGGCUGUGCGGGCUGUCAGAAGGGCUUUUGUCUACGCCACAAAAGCCCGGACACUCAAGAAACGGAACAUGAGGACGCUAUGGAUCACACGCAUUGCAGCAGCAUCACGAGAACAUGGAAUGAAGUAUCCCGCUCUGAUUCACAACCUGACCAAAAGCAGUGUUCAACUCAAUCGUCAAAUGAUCAGCACUAUGGCCAUCACAGAACCUCGAUCAUUCCUCUCACUGGCAAAGCUGGCACGAGCUCGACAGCAGGAGGGUUUCCGCGCAGCAUUGGGUGAUGGGAAAGAACCUCCUGGUGUUUUGUCACGUGUUGUUUUACUACAGUAAUGGACACAUUAAAACAGAGAACCAUCAG